AUGGCUGAUGUUCAUCCUGCUCAACCGGCCGACGCCCACCAUGCGCAAGCUGAGGCAACACCGCAAGACGCGGCCCAGCAGCCAGCCAAAUCGGCCACUCCUGCGGCCUCGUUUCUUGGCGACAAUCUGAUUCCCGACGCCGAGAUGGUCUACGACCAGAAGCGCACCAUCAAUGCUCCUCCUGAGGAUAUCUGGCCAUGGCUCGUCCAGUGGGGCAAGGACCGCGGCGGCUGGUACCUCCCGGCCAAGGUGGAGAAGAUCCUCCCAGAGAAGUUCCGCAGCGCGCCCACCAUCGUGCCCAAGUGGCAGACUCUCAAGGUCGGCGACACAGUGCCCGACUAUGGCUUGGGCAAGAAGGACUCGGACGGCCACAACAUCGAGGUGGCGCUGGUCGAGAGCGACCGCGCCCUCGUCUACAAGGGCGAGCGCGCCGGCGUCAACUUCACCUGGGCGCUCCUCCUCGAGACGCCGGGCGGCGCCGCGGUGGGCAGCUCUGCUGACAGCACCGCGUCCGCCACGGAGACGGUGCUGCACCUGCGCUUCCGCGGCAAGUCGAACCAGACUGGGUGGAAGGCCAAGGUCGCUGUCCAGGUCGCUAAGGUCUCCGACGCGGUGAUGGCCUCGGCCAUCUUCCCUGGCAUUGCUGAUCGCGUCGAGCCGAAGCCGGAGAAAGCAAAGAAGGUGAAGGAUGUGGCUUGA